GCUGUAAUUGUGAAAGCAAAUUCAAAAGGAUUAGAUGAAUGAUGACUUAAAACGUGCUGUAGCAAAUUAGCCAUCCUUGAUCUACUCCCCACUCUACUGUCAAUUCUCCCUCUCUGUCGGAUCGACAUAGGAGAUUAACUCUCUGUCUUUGCCUCGGAAUGACGGUUGUGUCCUUCUUCAAGAGAGCAUCACAAGUUUUCCAUGGCUACUCUACCUACUCUAAGCUUCUGGUUCUCUUCACUGUUAGCGGUGGAGGUGUAGCGGCAUAUUCUGAGUCACAAUCAGAAGUUGGCACUCCUGCUGCUGAAGUUAAUCAAGAUGAGCGCAAAAAGAAGAGGGUGGUGGUUCUUGGAACAGGAUGGGCUGGUAUUAGUUUCCUUAAAAAUCUGGAUGUUUCUUCAUAUGAUGUUCAGGUUGUUUCACCCCGGAAUUAUUUUGCAUUCACCCCUCUGUUACCCAGUGUCACCUGUGGGACAGUUGAAGCUCGAAGCAUCGUUGAGCCAGUUCGUAAAAUUAUAAAGAAGAGAAAUGGAGAAAUUCAAUUUUGGGAGGCAGAAUGCAUUAAGGUUGAUGCUGCAAACAACAAAAUUUUGUGCAAGUCUAAUUUUGAGAACAGUGCAGUUGGGAGUGGAGAUUUUUCUUUGGAAUAUGACUACUUGGUUAUAGCAGUAGGAGCACAAGUAAACACUUUUAACACCCCCGGUGUCAUGGAGAACUGCCAUUUUCUCAAGGACUUGGAAGAUGCUCAGCAGCUCCGCAGGAGUGUGAUUGAUUGUUUUGAAAAGGCUGUUCUCCCUAAUCUAACUGAAGAAGAGCGUAGAAUCAACCUUCAUUUUGUAGUUGUUGGAGGAGGUCCUACUGGCGUGGAGUUUGCUGCAGAGCUGCACGACUUUCUCCAAGAAGAUUUAGUCAACAUUUAUCCAAUGGUUAAAGAUCUGGUGAAAAUAACCGUGAUCCAAUCUGGUGAUCACAUUUUGAACAUGUUUGAUGAGAGAAUCAGUUCAUUUGCUGAACAAAAGUUCCAAAGGGAUGGUAUUGAAGUUCAAACAGGGUGCCGAGUUAUUAGUGUAUCUGAUAAAGAAAUCACCAUGAAGGUCAAACCGAAGGGAGAGGUUUGCUCUGUGCCACAUGGAUUGGUUGUAUGGUCUACUGGUGUAAGUACUCGUCCAGUUGUGAGGGAUUUCAUGGAGCAAGUUGGGCAGGCUAAUAGACGAGUUUUGGCAACUGAUGAAUGGCUACGAGUAAAGGGAAGUGAAAAUGUGUAUGCACUUGGAGAUUGUGCUACAAUAGAUCAACGGAAGAUCAUGGAAGAUAUUGGAGCCAUUUUUAAGGCUGCAGACAAAGACAAUUCUGGUACCUUAACUGUUCAAGAAUUCCAAGAUGUAAUGGAUGAUGUCCUCAUAAGAUACCCUCAACUGGGACUUUAUUUAAGAAACAAGCAUCUGAGAGAUGUAGCAGAUUUGUUGAAAGAUCCUGAAGGUAUUUGCCUUUCAUCUAGUGGCUGGAGAUUGCUUAAAUGGGAGUCUGUUGCUUUUGCUGUCAGAAAUGGUACAAGAAACAUUUUCCACCUUCCUUUUCCAUAUAUUUUCAGGUUGCUGCUCAGCAAGGUACAUAUCUUUCCAGGUGCUUCAACCGUAUGGAGGAGAGCAAACAUAAUCCUGAAGGUCCUCGACGUUUUAGAAGUUCUGGGCGUCAUCAGUUCCGACCUUUUGCGUACAAACAUUUUGGGCAAUUUGCUCCUUUGGGAGGAGAGCAGGCUGCUGCAGAACUGCCUGGAGAUAGUGUUUCCAUGGGUCACAGCACCCAGUGGCUCUGGUAUUCUGUAUAUGCAAGCAAGCAAGUUAGCUGGCGUACGAGGGUGUUGGUGGUCUCCGAUUGGACUCGGAGAUUCAUUUUUAGAAGAGAUUCAAGCCGUAUUUGAGGCAUUAAAUUGGUGUUUACCUGGAGGCAGGCACACUGAUUGCGCUGUUAUUGGGCGUGAACAUCUAAUCAUGUACCAUCUAUGAUUUGUAUCUUACCUAACUAUCGUGUAUGGUUUUAUUUUGUAAAUACAGAGAACUAUCUCUUUGCUUGUGCACUUGAGUCUUUGAUGUGCAUAUUAUCAUUGUGAUGAGGCCGCCUUGGGAUAUUUUUUCUUAUGUUUUGGUUUUUGGUUUUUGGUUUUUGUUUCUGAAUUACUCAAGAAUGUUCUGUUAUUGAAAUACAUUUAUAGGACGAGAA